GAUCAAACAAGAAAAAUACAGGAAUUACAUGAAGAGAAUAGAGAAUUAGAAAAAAGAUUAGAAAAACUAAUAGAAUUUAAAAAAGGAAUUGAUAAAGUAAUACUUGAUUUAGAAAUUGAUAAACAAAUAGAUAAGAUUUGGAGAGACAGAUUUGAAGAACAUCAAAAACUAACACAAGCUGAAGAACAACUUGAGGAAGAAAUUAACAGGAAAGAAUAG